CUCAGAGGGCAAUGUUUCUGGGUGUGUGCUGGGGAUACCUGCUUCUUUACGACAUCCAACCGCCGUAAUCGUCCCUGAAACCCUGAAAAGCAGUGCGCAGAUCAAGUUCCGAUGUUACGUUCGUACCAUUGCUAAUUUGGAACUAGCACUUGUUUUUCUGGAACUACGCUGUCUUGGUUUGUGCCAAGCUGUACACAUGCGAUUUUCUCUUUGAUGAGGUCAUGGAGACGUUUAGGAAAUGCAGUUACAUCAUUAUCUCUGCCUGGAUGAUGAAGUGUAUGUGUCUCCAGGACUCAGGCACCUCCAGCCUAUGGGGGAACAAGGUAGACUUCAUGAAGCCGAAGUGCACCUUCUGGCAGCUGAGCCCAGGCUGCGUGGUGCCUGCACUGGAGGAACUGAGCGUGUGCGUGAGGCUGUGGAGGCAGAACGACUCGCCCAGUUGGACGGUGUUCGUGUACAAGCUGCGGGGCGAGAAGGAUACGGAGCUGGGGCUGAUGGGGACUGCGAGGAGCCUGCAGGUGUGUCUUUUCGGGCAGGAGUGGUCCGCGCCCCACGUCCUGCCCCUGCAGGCCUGGCACACCGUGUGCCUCACCUGGUCCAGGGACUCCCGCCACCUGCGCCUCCACGUCAACGGCUCCCAGGUGUUCUUCGCCAAGGUGCACGGGCAGAAGCGCAGCCUGUCGCCGGGCGGAAUCCUCACCCUGGGCGUGUCCCACAGCUUCACCGGCAGGGAGAUAGAGCUGGAGACGGGGACCGACUUCCAGGGGGCCCUCUCCCUGUUCCGCAUGUGGGGGACGGAUCGCCACGACGAGAAGCUGUCGGACGUGAGCUGCGUCGAGGGGGACGUGGUGCGCUGGAGUGCCCGCGACUGGAACGCCAGCGGCUGCCAGCCCGUCCCCGACGCUGGCCUGAAGUGUGCCUGGUCUUUCUUUGAAAUUCGAGUGACGGUUUCCAUCACCCGCUGGGAUGGUAAUACCACAAAUAUUCCAGCUGCCAAAGUGAUUGUGAAUAUCUGGUUUCGGGAAAUACUGCCCUCCCACAUGUCUAUUGUCAGCGUGUCUGUAUCGUUUUCAGGCCAGGUUUACUCAAGGGGCAGUCUUGAUUUGACAUACAGAGAGGAAGGACAGGAAAGAAGAGAAUCAGGGCUCUCACCAGUCCAAACCCGCUUUGACUGCAUAAUGCAUGUGAGAGUGAUUCCCAACGCUGAUGUCCGUGAAGUCCAGACAGAAGUCUUCCGGCUGCUCAGCACCCAGCAUGACUCGUCUGUCAUUACCACAGAAACUAGCAGCAUCAUCAUCCUCCCUGUUGAGGCCUAUCCCUCGCCAACUGACCUCCCUCCUCUCACAGUAGCGCCAAGUUCCACUGUGGAAGCCGCUACUCAGAGCUCUCCCACCUCUACCAUGCCCCCAGAAUCCCAGCCUUCAAGUAGUGGACCCCACAUCAUUGGCUCCACCCACGCUUCCCCAUCCAUCACACAGGGACCAAACCUUGGCCUUCGAGUAACCUUCUACCGGGUCAACCUGAAUGUGACUGUGAGUUCUGGAGAUGCCUAUGACCCAGGAGAGAUCAUUCAGAUCUGGCUUCUUACUACUUUGCCAGGGGAUCGUAUGUCAGUUUUAAACUUCAAACUACUAAGGAGGACCAACAGUCAGUUGGAAUUUAAGACCCCAGAGGUGGAAAAAACGGCAACUUUAGCCAGAAUGAACAGCUAUGGCUGUACAUUCCAAGUGCAGGUGAACACAUCACUAGAUGUUGCUCAGACGGAACAGCAGAUCCGAGACCUUCUGAAACCAGACUUCAUCUGUGGUCCCAUAACCGUGCAUGCAGAGAGUAUCCAGAUAUCUCACAUAGAGCCUGGGACUUGCCCUGAGCACAGCCAGCAAACCAGACAAGGGUUCUACGUGUGGCCUGAGACCAAGGCUCAGCACAAGGCCACUUUGCCCUGUGAAGGGGACUGUAGCCAGACAGCCUCCAGGCACUGUAAAUUGGAUGCGCUGACUGAACGGGCCAAAUGGACUGUGCCUGACCUGAGGUUAUGCCCAUUCAUUGUGAUAAGCAUUUUGGAUCUGGAUCACAUCGCCGUCACCCAGAACAACUCAGAGGAUGUGGUUGAUAUGAUACUGAACCUGACCUGUGAACACAUGGCACUGAGCCACCCUGAGGUGGACAUCAUACUCAACAAGCUUUCCGAGAUCUUGGAGGUCAGCCCGGUGACGCCGUCUCUUGGCGAGGCCAUGGUUCACGUCAUCGCAAAUAUUCUGGAAUCCGACACCAACCUGUCCCAUGUCACCAACCAGAUUUUGAAAAUUACUGAAGACAUUGGGGAUCGGAUAUCUUUCAGUGGAGAGUCGUACAACAUCAUCGAACAGCCGCUGGCCAUCUCACUUGUCAACGUUGACCCCGAUCGGUUCGACGGCAUCACCUUUGGGGUCUCCUCUGCCUUGCAGGACCUCGAGAUAUUCAUCAAUGAGGAUCCGAUAAAAAGCACAGUGGCAUUCAUUUCCUUGCCCCGUGAGGUGGAGAGCAGAUUUCCCCAGCAGACCGAAACUUCGCUGCGCAUUCAGUUCCAUUUCUAUAGUGCUGUCCAGCUAUUCCAGGAUACGCAGAGCGAAAAGGAGCUGAACACCUACGUAGUGUCUGCCAGUGUCACUAACGCCACCAUCAGCAACUUGGAGCAGCAGGUCGUCGUGACCCUCCGCCACCUCAAGCCCGUGCGGCAUGAGGACGAGGUGGAGUGUGUUUUCUGGAACUUCAGCAAGAACGGAGUAGGAGGAUGGGACCCCAGUGGUUGCUCGAAGCGAAACACCAGCGUUGACUACACCACCUGUGUGUGCGACCACCUCACUCACUUUGGAGUGCUCCUGGAUGUAUCCAAGACUGGAGUGAGCAAGGAAAAUGAAAAGAUUCUGUCCAUCAUCUCCUAUCUGGGCUGUGGCAUCUCUUCCAUAUUCCUGGGUGUCAGUCUUCUGACAUACACGGUUUUUGAGAAGCUGCGCAGAGACUACCCCUCUAAGAUCCUGAUCAACCUGUCCCUGGCCCUGCUCGGGCUGAACCUGGUAUUCCUGCUGGACUCCUGGCUCUCCUCGUUUCACAGCCACGGCCUGUGCAUCUCCACAGCCGCCUUCCUCCACUACUUCCUGUUGGCCUCAUUCACUUGGAUGGGCCUGGAGGCCGUCCACAUGUACUUUGCCCUGGUCAAGGUCUUCAAUGUCUAUGUGCCUUCCUACAUCCUUAAGUUCUGUGUCCUUGGCUGGGGGAUCCCUCUGGUGGUGGUAAGCUUAAUACUGGCAGUGAAGAUGGAUGCGUAUGGCAGCUCGGUCCAUGGAAAGGGCCCGAAACCUCUGGAGAGCUCAGAGCUGUUCUGCUGGGUGCAGGAUGACGUGGUCUUCUAUGUGUCAGUAGUGGCCUACAUUUUGCUGGUCCUGCUGUGCAAUGCGGCUGUGUUCGUGGUGGUGCUGGUUCAGAUCCAUAACAUGCAGGCCAACAAGCCCGCGGGCAGCCGCCGUGGGCUCCUGCAUGAACUGCGAGGCGUGGCCAGCCUCACCUUCCUGCUGGGCCUCACCUGGAUCCUGGCCUUCUUCGCCUGGGAGCCCGCCAAGGUGCCCCUGCUCUACCUCUUCUGCCUGCUCAACAGCCUGCAAGGAUUUUUCAUCUUUGUGUUCCACUGCCUGAUGAAGGAGAAUGUGCGCAAGCAGUGGAGGGCCCAUCUGUGCUGUGGGCCAUUCAAACCCAAAGAGCACUCAGACUGGAGCCAGACUGCGACGGUCGUUGCCAAGUCCAGGCUGAACCACCUGGUCCAUACACCCUCUGUGAAGUCAGCCAGGUCUGACAACUCCAACUCCACCUCCAACUCCUCCGUCUCUGCUCAGAGGCUGAUUUCUACCAGGAGAACUCACACGGAGCUGGUGUACGAGAAGCCCCUGGCACUUCCUCGUGCUCGCUGCAGCACGCCCCCUGUGCCCCCAGAAUGCACCUUUUUUCCUGGAGAGAUGGACCGUGGAAUUCCCUCCUGGCCACCCAGAGACAGGUUGCACUGAGAGUUUUAGUUUGUGUGUCUCCAAACCUGCCUCGCCAUCACCAACCUCAACUUGGAGGUAAAGACAAGAUUUCUGCGGAUGGUGGGCGUUAACCAUCCAGACUGGUCUUGGCUCCUGAGCAAGGCCAGAGUUUGGAAACUGGACAUUGGUUAGGUUCACACCUGGCCAGUAUUUGCUCAUAACACUGGAUACUUUGUCCCACUUUAAAGUUUGUGCUCUUACUGUGGCAAAUGAGAGGGAGUUCAGAGAUACUUUCUCAGCAUGUGGUCGCAUUUUGAGAAAAAAAAAAGGUGUUUGUUACACAGUAUGUAUGGAAGGAUAGGAAGGUUGUUACUCUCAGGAAUUUUCUGCCUACUGUUCAACACUAUGAGAUAAUCAGACUGCAACUGCAAAUGACAUUUUCAAAGAAAUGUAUGUAUAUUUUUUUUAUGUUAAACUACUUCAUUAUUGUCUGUUUUUGUGCUCUUGUCUCAGUUUUAGCCUGGAGGAUAAGAUUAUGUUUUUACUUGAACAAUAUAAAAAAUAUAAAGAAACAAAGAAAGGGAGGAAGGGAGGAAGAAUAUUAAUCCUAGUGUACUGUUUCAUUGGAUAGUGUAAAUACCUUGUCAAAAAUAGCCAGUAUGGUAAUCAAUGUUAGUGGAAUUACAUUAAAUCUAGUUUAUUUUAUUUUAGUUACUCUAGGUCAUUUGUGUAAAUCAUCCAACCAUAAUCUUUUUAUCGUGUCAUCAUACAAAAUAAAGAACACUUACUAUACAUGUAAGUUAUUCUAUUGUUCCUCCUUUUUAAUCAGCUUGUCUUUAGAAGAGGGGUGGGCCUGUUUGUUUGCGUAUUUCAUGCCAACUUCUGCUCCUAAGUGUUUAAUUAGCCCAGUAAUUUAUUUGUUCACAAUUUAGCUAAGCUUCCUGAUAAUGACUGAUAGCUGAAGGCUGUUCGUGUGUCCCUGUAUGAAACCUUUUGCUGCAGUCGAAUCUAUAAUUAAAGCAGCCUUGAUGUA